CUGAAAUUUUCUUUGGCCGUAACAACCUUCCUUCCUUAUCAAGUCUGCUCUUGUUUCCCGUCAUGUUGCGACUUGGAAUUGGACGUCUGCUGAACACCUCGUUCAGGGCGCCUUUAACAUGCCUUCGACAGACGACCGUCACUUCCGGUACCAUUCCAUCAGCGACCAUGUGGACUCGUUGGAACGCUGUGCGUUCUUUUGCCAACAAAGUGCCUGCCAACACUCCAUCCAAGACAACCACCACCGAAGAAUUGCCUUCUUUUAUUACCGGUUUCAGCACACAAGGUCACGGCGCUUCCAGUGCCCACGCUUCCGCUACACCUUCCACUCAAUUCAAGACAUACAAGCCUACCACUCCCGGUAAACGUUGGUUGAAGCGAGUGCCUCGUGAUCAUUUGUACAAGGGCAAAGCGGUGCGCUCGUUAACGGUCGCCAAACGUAGCUCUGGUGGACGUAAUAAUACCGGUCGCAUUACGAUUCGUCAUCGCGGUGGUGGACACAAGCGCCGCAUUCGCAUCAUUGACUGGCACCGUAAAGAAGCCGGCGCUCAUGUCGUUGUACGCCUUGAACACGAUCCCGGACGAACAGCAUGGAUCGCUUUAUUGAAACAUCAAGAGACCGGUAAAUUAAGCUACAUUGUUGCUCCCAACGGUGUCAAGGCUGGCGACACAUUGUACAGCUACCGUAGUGUGGCCAAGGAUGCCACUCAACAAGAAGAUGACUCGAUUACCCGUACAGCGGCCAUCGAUGUCGGCAACUGCAUGCCUUUGAAGAUGCUUCCUGUGGGUACCAUUAUACACAACAUUGGUUUGAAGCGCAACGGACCGGCUGUGAUGGCUCGUGCUGCGGGCAAUUACGCACAGUUGAUUCAAACCGGCGAUACAGGUUACGCGCAAGUGCGUUUAUCAAGCGGUGAAGUGCGCUUGGUACCUGUGGAUGCGUGUGCGACCAUUGGGGCGGUGAGCAACCCUGAUCAUCAGCACGAGAUGCUUGGUAAAGCCGGUCGAUCAAGAUGGAUGGGUAUUCGUCCUACCGUGCGUGGUAUGGCCAUGAACGCAGUAGACCAUCCUCACGGUGGUGGUAGAGGUAAAUCCAAGGGUAACAAGGAUCCGAGAUCACCAUGGGGUGUGCUUGCCAAGGGUGGCAAGACCCGAAAGAGACCCAAUCAAUUCGUUGUCAAGCCUAGACCAAGACGAUAAACAUGUCCACUGGUUUUCUUUGUCCUUUGCUGUUUUUGUUUCAUAGAGUUAAAAAGAAAAAGAAAGAAUAAAGCAUUCAUAAUGUACAAUAUAACAACAACAAAAAAUGGCAGCUUGUCAAAAUACUCAAGGUUUAGUUGUAGAAACGGGUCAUUACACGACUGUCAUUUUUGUGACGUAAAUGCCUCUACGGUCGAAUAGGAUAAAUGCAUGUCACCUAAAGUCAUUCAUGUAAUUCAUGUUCUAUAAAAUGAUAGUGUAUAAAAAAAGGGUAUUAAAG